GAGCCCCUCACACCACACACUCCUCUCAUGCAAGAUCACCGUAUAACUAACCACCCUGCAUUUGCACUGGCUUGUUGCCAUAUCUCCAUUCCCCUGCCCAACAACACACACUGCACAAGCACACAGCUGCCCAAAACCCUAUAAACCAUCUCCCAUCUUCCUGUCUCUGAAGAGUGAAGACUCAUCUACCACACCUCUUCAUCCCUCCAAAAUUCCAAAUCCCCCUCUCCUCCCUCCCAAACUCCAAGCUCCAAAGCUGGCACUGCCAUUCCAGCAGCAAUGGCGAGGCCGCCCACAAUGGUGAUCCAGGACGACUACAUCGACAUGGACCUCACCCCGGCCACCACGCCGAUGCCGCCCUCCUCGCCACGCUUCGAGUUCCAGAGCACCGCAGCCGGCGGCGCCAAGCACAGGGAGCCGGCGUUCGCGUCCCCGGCGGACGAGCUAUUCUACAAGGGCAACCUGCUGCCGCUCCACCUGCCGCCGCGGCUGCAGCUCGUGCAGAGGCUGCUCCAGGAGCAGCAGCCGGUGCAGGCGCUGCAAGGGGUCGAUAAGAGGGAAGCGGAGUCGGAUGCGGCGGCGGAUGGGGGAGACGCCGCCGCGGCCGGCAAGGCGUGCGCUGCCAAGAGGCCGUCUUGGGCCAAGAAGCUCAAGGUGGUGAAACGGUGGGCGUCGAAGGAGUACAUCAGGUCCUUCUUCCUGGCCAGGCCGACGCCGAGCGACAUCGUCGUCGACGGCACUGCCAAUGGCAAUGGCAUCGGCAGCGUCAGCGCGAGGGGCAGUGUCCUGGAUCAGGAGGAGGUGUGCCACCACCGCAAGUCCUUCUCCGGCAUCAUCCGGCGGGUGCGGCUGGUGGCGACCAAGGCGCCGGGGACUUCGCCGCUGUGCUCUUCGUCGUCCUCGUCAUCUUCAUCGACGCCGUCCUGCGGCAACGCGAACGGGUUCUUCUUCCGGCCGCCAGCGGCGGCGGCGGCGACGCCGGUGCUGAAGCGGAGCAGCAGCGCCGGGUCGGAGGAGGGCGCCAUCCAGGGCGCCAUCGCGCACUGCAAGCGGUCCCAGCUGCUGCAGCCGGGGAUGGUGGUCUCGGCGCGGAGGAGCGUGAGCGACGUCAUGUUCUACUCGGUGACGAAUACUCCCAGGGCCUCCUCCGUGGCCGCCGGCGAGGUCGCGCAGGAGAGGCAGGAAAUGUGCAGGGGCUGAUGCCGAUGGGGUUGGCAUCAGUGCCAUGGAUCAAAGCAACAUUCUUUUGUUUCUUUUGCUUGUGAAGAUGAGCAAUGUGCUGUGGAUUGCUGUUGAGGACGCAAUGUACCGUGAUUCUUUUCCCUGUCAAAUUCUUUGUGAUUUUCUUGGAGCAAAGAAUUUCCUCAUUUGAGCUGUGGAUCUUGGUGGUCCGUUU